UAAUGAGAAAUGGCGACGGAAAGACAAACUGAGGUUUCGCUAAACAAUAGAGCUCCAGAGUUAGGACCGUGGCACACGUUGACAUUGAGGUCAUUCUGAUCACUAAGUAUAAAGUGGAUGCGACACAGACCUGCACAUCAACCCCUGAAGUGCAACGAUCUCAAAAGUUGACAUGCAUCUUCACGCAGCAAUCGCCUUCGCUCUCAUCGCAGUGGCCUCGUGCCAACUGCCUUGCAAUAGUCAACUGCGACUUUUGCCUGCGUUUGCACACCGCUUCACUCACUGUCAGUGUUCCUAUAGCGAAUGGGGCGAAUGGGAAAGGAUCAGUUCUCGGCCAGUGCCCACCUCCCAGUGCCCCAGCGGAUCUGUCGUAACGGAGGAGAGAACACAAUCCGUUAUUUUCGGCACAUGCGACCCCAGAGUGGAGACAAGGACCAUAUGUGAGCCUGAAUUGGUGGAUCAGAUAAUCAUGGCUCUCGGACUUGGCAGUGCUGGACAGAUGAUUAAUCCUGGUGCCGCUCCGGGGGCGCAGCCCGCACCUGGCUUCGCACCACUCAGCCUUGUCAGCCAACCACUCAACAAAAUUUUAGCUCCUUCCGCGCUGACCCUUCAAUGCGACGACACGCGAAAAACUUGCCAACAUGUUACCGUUCCCCAUGGUACGUAUAUCUACUAGCUAACUAGAAUCUACAGCUAUGACAUUCAGGUUUUUUG